ACCCGCAUCCACACUGGGUGUGGUAAUAUUGUUAAAAGAAACCCAUGGGAUGUGUUAGGAGGCUCUUUCUCACUGGCUCAUUUCUGUCUCCCCUGCCCUCUUUUCCAGGUCAGAUUCUGGGCCCUUUGCCACCUCGUGACCCCCGCCAUACCCAGAGAGAGAGGAAAGCAAUGCAGAGAUGCCAGCAUCGUUCUCCCUCUUCCUCCUGGUCCUGAUCCUGCACGGCGGCCUCCCCUGCCCGCAGAGCUGCGACUGCCCGCCGGGGAGCGGCGUGGUGUGGUGCAACCGGAAGGACCUGGUGACCAUCCCUUUCGACAUUCCCCACGACACCCGGGUCCUCUACCUGGACUCCAACUGGAUCACCCACGUCCCCAACGGGGCCUUCUACGGCCUGAAGCAGCUCCGCGAGCUUCACCUGGCGGACAACCUGAUUGAGAGCAUAGCGCCGGGGGCCUUCCGCGGCCUGGGCGGGGGGCUGAGGCUGCUGGACCUUUCCGGCAACCAGCUGGAGAGGAUGGAGUUUGCCCCCUUCGCCAUGCUCACCUGGGUCCGGCUAGAGCUGUACGACAACCCCUGGCACUGCGACUGCUCCCUGCAGAAGCUGGUGGAGGCUCUUCCUCUGGACGCAGAGACCGUGGAGGACGUUGUGUGUGCCACUGCGGAGUGGGAGGAAUACACCGGGAAGACCUUAGCUCGCUUGCUCAACACCGGCGUCAACUUCUGCCUGGGCCAGCAGAGGAACACGGACCUGGCCAUGCUGCUCACCAUGUUCUGCUGGUUCGCCGUGGUCAUCACCUACGUCAUC